CAUAUAGAUUUUUUUUAAGCUUUAUUUAACUAAAGUAAUAGAAAAGAAAGAAAAAAUGUCAACUGUUGAUGAUUCACAAAAUGCCGAUAAACAAGUCGAGCAAUGGAAAAUCAAAAAAUUAAUUAAAAACUUAGAAGCUGCCAGAGGUAAUGGUACAUCAAUGAUUUCAUUAAUUAUUCGUCCAGGUGAUCAAAUUGCUAAAAUUAAUAAAAUGCUUGCUGAAGAAUAUGGUACAGCCUCAAACAUUAAAUCAAGAGUUAAUAGAUUAUCAGUUUUAGGUGCUAUUACAUCAGCCCAACAAAGAUUAAAAUUAUACACAAAAGUUCCAGAUAAUGGUUUAGUCAUUUAUUGUGGUACAAUGGUUACAGAUGAAGGUAAAGAAAAGCCAGUCAGAAUUGACAUUGAACCAUUCAAACCAAUCAACACUUCAUUAUAUUUAUGUGAUAAUAAAUUCCACACUGCUCCACUUGGUGAGCUCUUAGAGUCCGAUGAAAAAUUCGGUUUCAUCGUUGUUGAUGGUAAUGGUGCCCUUUUUGGUUUACUCUGUGGUUCAACUAGAAAUGUUCUUCAUAGAAUUACUGUCGAUCUUCCAAAGAAGCAUGGUCGUGGUGGUCAAUCAGCUCUUCGUUUCGCUCGUCUUCGUAUGGAAAAACGUCACAAUUACGUCCGUAAGGUUUCAGAACUUGCUACUCAAUUCUAUAUCACCAAUGAUAAACCAAAUGUUUCAGGUUUAAUUUUAGCUGGUUCAGCUGAUUUCAAGACUGAACUUGGUACCUCAGAUAUGUUUGAUCAACGUCUUCGUGAUAAAAUCAUUAAAAUUGUUGAUGUUUCAUAUGGUGGUGAUAAUGGUUUCAAUCAAGCUAUCGAGUUAUCAACUGAAGUUCUUUCAUCAGUUAAAUUCAUUCAAGAAAAGAAAUUAAUUUCACAAUUCUUCGAAGAAAUUGCUCAAGAUACUGGUAAAUAUUGUUUUGGUAUUGCUGAUACCCUCAAAGCUCUUGAAUUAGGUGCUGCUCACACUCUUAUCGUUUGGGAAGCUCUUGAAACCGUUCGUUACCUCCUUCGUUUACCAAGUGGUGAAGAAAAAGUCAUCUUCUUAAAUAAAGAUCAAACUAAAGAUCCAUCCGUCUUCAAAGAUAAAGAAUCUGGUCAAGAUUACGAAAUUGCCGAAGAAAUGCCAAUCGUUGAAUGGUUUGCUAACAACUACAAAAACUUUGGUGCUACUCUCGAAUUCGUUUCCAACAAAUCUCAAGAAGGUUCACAAUUCUGUAAAGGUUUUGGUGGUCUCGGUGGUCUUUUACGUUACCAAGUUGACUUUGCCACCCUCAAUGAUUAUGAUAAUAUCGAAGAGAACGAAUACGAUAGUAGUGAUUCAGACUUUUGACUGAACUCACAAACAACCAACAACAGAGAUGGUGCUGGUUUGGAUAGUGAUCAAGGUUGCCCCUCCUUCCACAAUAGCAUUAUCUAUCAACAAGAACAACAACAAAAAAAUCAAAAAAAAAUUAAAAAAAAUGAAAAAAUAACUUUAAAAAAAACAAAAUUGACAACAACUUCUUCAACAACAACAACAACAACAACUACAACUACAUCAACAUUACCAUUGAAUAAUUUUGAAAACAAUAAUAACAGUAAUAGUCUAUCAUUAUUAUCAUCAGCAACAACAUUAUUAACCAAUUCUAAUUUUGUAAAUUCCUUCCCUUUGGAUGAAAUUAAUAAUAAUUAUUUUGAUGAUAUCAACAGUAGUGAUAAUACUAUUACUAAAAGAAAUGAAAAAAAGAUGGAUAUGAAGGUAGGGGCUUAAACUCUAUAAAAGUACAAAAAAAAAAUAAAUGGUUCUGUUCGUUAUAGUUGUCACUCUU